AUGAGCGAAUCCGAGAAUGCUCGCAGGCUGCAGAGUCUGAUGAUGGCCGAUUUGGGAUCCGCGCGCCGUGAAAUGAUAACUACUAGUGACGAACACAGGCAGGCUCAAGUGCGUAUUGGCGCGAUUGAGUCUCGGAGACAAAUCGCUCCGCAAGAUCAAGCUCAGCUGAACAAGUGGGCAAAUUUGCACAAGGAGGUUAGGGACACUGGAGGAAUGGAAGGACUCCAUGACAUAGCCGCCGGCCAGUCUCAUCGAGCUAAUCUGCAUGCCAUGUUGCAUCCCAAUGGAACUCAGCCCAAAGCCUACAUCAAUCUCCCUAUGAACGCCCCCCUGCGGGUCGCGGUGGUGGCCCUUCGAGGACGAGAGGACGUCCUGACAUUCCUCCCACUCCGGCUCUACGGCAUGCUAGUGCCACACCUACUGCUCAAAGCUGGAAAGAACACAGCUUACAAGAUUAACUGUAGGGCUUUUAGCAUUGUGAAAGGUCGCCCAGGUGGCGCAGGACAGCAUGCUCGUUCUGCUACAGUGUCUCCCGGCCGCGGUUUGGAUCCCGCACUCAGUCGCAAUAUUGAUGACGGUGAUGCUCGUGACCGGGGAAGAGGCCGGAGCCGUGCCCGUGGUAGAGGGAGGGGCAGAGCCCACGAACCGAUUCACAAGGAACCAACUCCGGUUGUCCCCCCUAGAGCCAAACGCCCGCCUCCAAGCAUCGAUUUCUCUCAGAGGAUCACUCAGCCCGCAGACUUCAUGUCCAUAGUUCGUCGCGUGACAGAGCCCCCAAAAUCACCAACACAGAAAAGCAACCCUGCCCAGGGACCAGUUCUUUCCGGCAUGCCAGAGGCCAAGGUCCCAUUGAGCGACAAUAAGGAGAAAAAGCCAGAGAAGGCUGCAAAUCUGCCUCCCAAACCUUCAGUUCCACCAGUGGAGGUCUCGACACGACCAUCUCGCGCUGACUCUGUUGAGAAGAAGGCAUCGACCAAGGGUACUAAUGUCCAGGCUACCAAAUCCAAGACACCUGGGCCGCAUAUUGGACCGUACCCAGUGCAGACACCAAGGUCACCGCCUUCUGCUCCUGUCGCUAAAGGCCCUGUGUCUAAUAAGCCAUCGAAGGCGAUAGCAGCUGCACUCAGUCCUCCCCAGCAAAAAGCACUAGGUGUGCCCGUGGAACAGCUUCCAUGGAAGGUAUCGCCUAACGAGGAACCCCGAAAACAGGCCGGGUUGACUCCGAGCAAGAAACCGCCACCAGUCGCCAGCGGCCCUCCAGCCAAAGUUAGCAAGCAGAUUAUUCCAGCAAGUAAUCAGAAGAUGAAGGGCAAGCAGUCCGCUCCGCCUGAGCCUCUUCCCACCGUAGGUCCAUCUUCUGCCGGCGUGGCAACCGUUGGCGAGGGUCCGGCCACUUCUCCCCAUUCUAAGGCGAAGGCGAAGGCCACCAUUGCGCAAGCGGAUACGGUUGGAAACAUGAAACCCUUCGGUACUUCCGUUGAUCCUGCUGCUGCAGGAGUGGCCAAGCGCAAGCAGACUGCUCCCCCUCAACAUCUUCUUGAUAUGGAUCCACCUUCUACUCGUUUCCCAACUAUUGGCGAGAUUCCAGUAACUCCGACCCGUUCGGAGGCGAAGGCUAUCGAUAGCCCGGGUGCUGCAGAAUUGGCUGGUCUUAAGUUCAUGGACAGACCGGCAGAGACGAAGCCUGCUAGGACCAUUGAUGAAGUCAUUUCGACCAACUUGAUGGAUCGGCCAGCUGUUUUGACACCUAUGGCUCAGUCAACAAGCAAAGAGAAUGUCGACACAUAUGGCCCACAGAUCCUGGAGGAACUUCGUAACCUCGGCAAGGUCAUGCGCCCACCUGGCACUCACGAUGUCGAGAAAAUUGUUGAAUUGAAGCUCCGAGAGAUGAUCGCAAAUGAGCCACUUGUGGCUUCUUGGGCUGCAAAGCGCGACAUUGUCCCGUUUGAGCAGCACCGAUCGCCACCGCCCCCUUCUUCUUUUGGGUCAAUAAUGUCGCCUCCAUCUGCGGAGAAGGGACAGAUCUGGGAUGAACUUCGUGACCUCAGUAAGGUCACGCGCCCACCUGGCGCUCAUGAUAUCGAAAAACUUGUUGAAUCGAAGCUCCGGGAUAUGAUGGCAAAUGAGCCACUUGUGACUUCUUGGGCUGCAAAGCGCGACAUCACCCCGUUCGAGCGGCACCGAUCGCCGCCGCCUCCUUCCUCAUCUGGGUCAAACUCGUCUCGCUCUGCGGAGAAGCAUCAGUCCAAGCCACGCGUGCCUGGUCUCUCGCCUACUCGAAGCGAGGAUUCCGAUAUCAUCACCCGGUUAGAAACACUUCAAGUCUCGGGCAAACUUGCGGCUCCUUUGCAACCACAGCGUGCUACUAACACGGCCCCUGUUCCUAGUCCGAAGCCAAUUGAUGUUUCCAAGAGACCGCCGACCUUCGAUGCUGCUCCUCCACGUCCUCGGGAGGAGAUCAGCAAGAAAUCUCUUCCUCUGCAUAGUUCUAUUCAUGCAGGUCCUGCCCCUUCGUCCACGGUCUCUGGCUCUCCUAAGGCCAGUACCAAUGUUACUCACGCAGGACGAAGCCGAGCCUCCACUCAAACAUUGAGCCCGGAUCAUCCGAAUGUUCGCAAGCAACAGGUUGAUAAGCCACAUGGUGUUCGCGUUAUCGGUCCUGCCCCUUACAUGCCUACCGGCUCUCUUGAGAAUCAGCCUUCUCAGCAGGGUAGGAUUUUCUCUAUGCCUGAUUUUGCCCCACUUGCCCAGCCUAAAGGGCAACCUUUCUCAAUGCCUGAUUUCGCCCCGAUUGCCCAACCCAAAGGAGAGCCUCGUGCCUCUCUUGAAAACCAGGCUCCUCAGCAGGCUAGGCAAUCUUUCUCCAUGCCUGAUUUCGCCCCGGUUGCCCAGCCCAAAGUGAAGACUCGUCUGCCCCCCUUUGAACCCCGUAAGUAA